AUGGACACUGACGAUCUCCAUGCUGCUCGCGGGGAGCUGCAGCUGGCGGCCGAACCACUGCCGCCGCCAUGCUGCGCCUUCGAAAUCGCCUCUUCCCUCUGCUCUGCCACCCCGCUACUCUCCCCCAUCCUCCGCCACGCGUGCCGCCUCCUCUCCACCUCCACCUCCGCCUCCACCGCCAUCCUACCCGCGCUCUUCUCCUUCGAGGACUACCUCGUCGCGUCCUGCGGCCUUGCCCCAGCCCAAGCCCGCGAGGUGUCCAAGAAGGCGUCCCACGAGUUAUCAUACGGAUCCAGGAGAUCACUGGACGAGCUCUCCUACUCCCGCCUCUACUCCGCCUCCAACCCUGAUGCUAUCCUCACCCUGCUUUCCGGCGCCGGCCUCUCCCGCGCCGACAUCACCGCCGUCGUCUCCGCGUACCCGCUCCUCCUCCGCGCUUCCGUGAAGAACAUCGCCCCCCGCCUUGUUGCUCUCCGCGACCGGGUCGGUCUGUCUACUUCCCAGAUCGCUCGCUUCCUCGUGGUCGUCUCACGCCCUCUCCGCGAGGGCGACGUCACCCCCAAGCUCGAGUUCUUCAUCUCCUUCUACGGCUCGUUUGAUCGGGUACUGUUGGCCGCAAAGAGGAACUGGGGCCUUCUAUCGGCGAACCUUGAGAGGGUCAUCAAGCCCAACAUAGCUUUGUUUCGUCGGUGGGGUGUUCGAGAUUUUGCUAAGCUGUGUUCAAACUACCCGUGGGUGCUUACCUUCAAACCGGAACACGUGAAGGAGGUUUUGCUGCGGGCAGAAGAACUCGGGGUGCCUACCACUUCUCCAAUGUUUAGGCACGCGGUGGCUACCGUCGCCUCUACGUCCAAAGACAAGGUUGCCGCCAAGCUUGACUUCUAUAAGAGGACUCUUGGUGGUUCUCAGUCUGAGGUUUCUAUUGCAGUGUCCAAGAUGCCAGCUAUAUUAGGAUUCUAUGAUGAAAUUCUUCUUCGCAAGAUUAACUUCCUGGUCAAUGAGGCUGCAAUGGAGCCACGACACAUUGUUGAAAGGCCUGUCCUGUUGGCAUUGAGCCUGGAGAAGCGGCUAGUGCCGAGGCAUUAUGUCAUGAAGGUUCUGCAGAAAAAGGGAUUGCUGAAUAGAAAUAUGAGGUUUUCCCCAUUAGCUGUAAUUGGAGAGGAGACUUUCGAAUCGAAGUUCAUCGACUGUCACAUGGACUCUGUUCCUGGCCUUGCAGAUGCUUAUGCUGCAGCUCGUGCUGGUAUUAUACCCUCUAGAGUGUAA